AUGCGGCUGCUGUUUGCGCUCCUGGCCCUCGCCGCGGCCCGGCCCUUGGCUCGCGCAGAGUCACACUGGUGCUACGAGAUUCAAGCCAAGGCCUCCAACUACACCUGCUUGGGGCCGAACAAGUGGGGUGAAUUCUGCCAGAACAAUCAUCAGUCCCCCAUCAACAUUGUCACCAGCAAAGCACAGUUCGACCACAGCCUGAGGCCCUUCUCCUUCUCUGGCUAUGACAAGAAGCAUAAGUGGACUGUCCAAAACAAUGGGCACUCAGUGAUGGUGUUGCUGGGGGAUGAGGCCAGGAUUGCCGGAGGAGGACUAGCCACCUACUACCAGGCCAAGCAGCUGCACCUACACUGGUCCGAGGUCCUGGACCAGGGGUCAGAGCACAGCCUUGAUGGGGCCCGCUUUGCCAUGGAGAUGCACAUAGUACAUGAGAAAGGGGACAGGACAUCGAGGAGCAAGAAAGAGGCCCAGGACCCCAAAGAUGAGAUCGCAGUGCUGGCCUUCCUGGUGAAGGCUGGAUCUGAGAAUGAAGGCUUCCAGCCCCUGGUGGAGGCUCUGGCUGACAUCCCCAAACCUGAUAUGAGCACCACGAUGAAGAAGAACAUCAGCCUGCUGGACCUGCUCCCCAAAGGGGAGAAACUGAGUCACUACUUCCGAUACCUCGGCUCGCUCACCACGCCGGGCUGUGAUGAGAAUGUCAUCUGGACUGUGUUCAAGGAGCCCAUUCAGCUCCACAAAGACCAGGUCCUGGCGUUCUCCCAGAAGCUGUACUAUGACAAGGAGCAGAAACUGAAGAUGACGGACAAUGUCAGGCCCCUGCAGCCGCAGAACGAUCGCCAGGUGUUCAAGUCCCAGGCUCCAGAGCCGCCGCUGCCCUUGGCCCUGCCCGCCCUCCUGGCCCCCAUGCUCUCACUGAUGGCUGGCCUCCUCCACUGA